AUUCAUACAUUGUGUGUUUUUAUCCAGGUUUUGAUUUGCACGACUGUCAGCAAUAACUAGAUCCACCUACACUGCACUAGGCCUAAGCUACAGGAAUUUGGCUCUCGGCAUGAUUAUUAUUGACCCUGGUGACAUAAUUAUACAAAAUGUGUGGAGCUGCCUUGGUGGGCGGAUCUCCUUUAGGGAAGCCCCCCAACCCACGUGGAGUGUUUCAUCACAGAGCUAGCCAAACAAGGCCAAGGAGCUAGAAAGGGUGUCUUGUUUCCUGGACAUGGAGGAGUUGCAGAGAGAGCCAUGUCCGUGGCGUAUUUUAGAGGACUGUGGAGCUGCUUUUGUGAUGGGCUGUAUCGGAGGGGGGGUGUUCUCAUACUGGAAGGGAUAUAGGAACUCGCCACCCGGCACUCGACUGAGGGGAGGCUUGUCAGCUGUCAAAGUGAGAGCACCUGUGUUAGGAGGCAACUUUGGAGUGUGGGGUGGCCUGUACUCGACGUUUGACUGCAUGCUCAUCUCGAUACGAGACAAAGAGGAUCCGUGGAACUCUAUCGGAAGUGGUGCCAUCACCGGGGCCAUCCUGGCUGCUAGGUCAGGCGCCAAGGCAUCGCUAGGGGCAGCAGUAGCAGGUGGUGUUAUCCUGGCUGUCAUUGAAGGUGUGGGCAUCGCCAUCAACAGAGCAGUGUCUGAACAGUUCAAACCAGUGAUGCCGGUGAUCCCGGACCCACAGCAAUUACCUCCCACCCCCCAGCAAGCUCCACCCACUUCUAUAGGCAGCAGCGGAACUGACUACAACGCACCCAUUCCUCCUCAGUGACUAUGUACGUACCAGUGGUUAGUUUUGUGUGCACCAUAACAAUCAAUAUGGAUCAGCAGCUAAAUUAUGUAUUUGAAGUUUCUAGACUUGAAAUGUUUACUGUUUUGUGUCUGGAAUUACAAUUGUUUACUUCUUUCUAACUACUACUUCCUUAAUUUUUCAAAGCACAUUGGUAUUGUCUGAGACUAUGGUUAUAGUCUGUAGACCUAUUGA